CUGGAGCUUGGCUUUCCGCGUAGGGGUCUUUAGCCAUCUUGUUGACUCUGCUGCGGUCGACAUCUUCACACCAAGCAGCGCGAUUGAUAACCCCCUACAGCGAGCCCCUUGAAUUCACACCAUGGCCUUAAACCGCAAAUAUGCAGCGCUGCCAGAUCUGGACUCGGCCCCCGAUGUGUACGAGACCCCAGAGCUGACCGACGACACUUCGACCGUUCCUACGACGGCCGGACAGUCGCAUUCGGACGAUGACUUCGAUGACGAUCUGGACGACGAUACGAACGGGAUCUCGCGGUCCCGACUACGAGUAGACCAAGCGCGGUCUCGUUUUCUGCCCGCAGGAGUAGACGCUACGGAGGUCGACUUUUCGGAUCGGGUAGACGGCAAACGAAAGUCAUACAAGGCCUCGACGAGGCGCCGGCGCAUUCUCCAAGAUGGUACAGCCGAAAUAGGCGAUCUCAGUGACGAGGAUGACGAGGUUAAUCUCGAACGGAAGAUUGCGCGGCUGCAGCGCGAGGUCGAAGAGGCUAAAGAGGAGCACAGAAAGAGGAAAGAAACCGCAGCACAGCCCGCUCCCGGAGAACAAGAAGAGAAGCUGGGAUCGUUGAGCAAGGCUCUGGACGAAAUCUCCAGAACCAUCGCGCCGUCUACCUCAACGUCUAGUGUUCAACCGGUAUCUCAGUUAUCCCAACAGCAACAAGAAGGGCCGCAUGAUGUGCUUCCACAAAGAAACGCUGCCACAUACACUGUCACAUAUGCUCCUACCUACGAACAAAGCCAUGCCCUUGCCAAAGCAGCGGACUUUGACAGACGGCUGGUCCUUCUCGAGAAGGCCAUUGGGAUCGGUUCAACUGCUUUGCCCGAGGUUGAUGUCAAUGGACUGCCGCGAGCCAUUCUUCCGACUCUCGAUGGCCUUCAGAAACAGAUCACAACUCUGUCACAGGCUUCGACGUCGAACCUGGAUACAAUUAGCCGCCGGGUGCGAACCUUGAUCCAGGAAGCUCAAGAGUUGGAAAAGGCGAGACAAGGGGCCAAAUCUGCGCAGGAAACGCUUGGUAACGGUGCAGCGGAUAGCGAGGGUGCCCAGCCUCCUGAGCAGCUGGCCAAGAUUAACGCUCUCUAUGGAACGUUGCCCACGAUUGAAAAUCUGGCUCCACUGCUGCCACCACUGCUGGACCGUCUGAGGUCGCUUCGGACAAUCCAUUCUGACGCCGCGACUGCAAGCGAGAUGCUCCAACGGAUCGAGAAGCAGCAGGCAGACAUGGCCACCGAUCUUCAACAGUGGAAGGAUGGCUUAGUGAAGGUUGAAGAAGCGAUGAAGGAGAGCAGUACGGCUAUGACGGGGAACAUGAAGGUCAUGGAGGCUUGGGUCAAGGACUUGGAGGGACGGAUUGCGAAGUUGCCAUGAUUGCCCUCUGUCCGACAAUGAUACCCCUGAUUUUAUCCUCGCAUUUGAGCUGGCCGUUAACGAUGUUCUCCUGAACCUGACGACUUGUGAUGCUCGUUUCAAUUUCGAACAGCGAUGCCGUGCACAUGUAGCAGACUUUGGGUUUUUACAAAUAUGGCCUGUACAUAGCUCGUAGCCCAAGAUGCAAGCUCGGCCUGUCUGGAACCAUGACACCACUGCCUGGGCAAGAAGCAAGUGUUGAAAGGUCUCUAUAAGGCAAUUUAGGUGCAAAUAACCUCCAAUCCAGUCUCAUUAAAUGGCUCAUUCAAUUAUAGAAGGUAAUAGGGGCCUGGCGUAGGUAAUACGAUCUGACGCCCAAUGCCACAAUGCAGCUUUUAUGGUUCUCUUUAAG